GUCAGAAGCGACGCCGUGCUGCUUGGAGGAACUGCUCUUCUCCCCUGCGACUUCAGUCAGAGCACCGAGGACCAUGCGCAGAUUUCAUGGCAGAGGAAGACCAAGGGGAAGCCCUUGGUUGACAACUUCUUUGUAAUUGAAUCCGCAACCAAACAUAAUUAUGUGAACGGAGGAGAUAAUCGAUUUAAAUUCAUUGGGGAUUUUCCCAAAAGAGAUGGAACGCUGCAGCUGUCCAAUGUGACACUGAUGGAUGAAGGAACGUACACCUGUAUAUUCACCUUUUUCAACAGCGGAAAUCUCAGGAAAGAAGUUUCCCUCACAGUGUUUGUCCCGCCGUCCACGAGCUUGAAAGCUGAAGAAAUAUUUGAGGGAGAUGAAGAGGUUCACCUUGCGAGCUGCGCGGCCAGAGGCGCUAAGCCCCGCGCCCUGGUGAGGUGGGACACCACCAACAUUCAGGAAACACUGAGAUUUACCAACAGUACGACCCCCCACGAGAACGGGACGGUCACUACAGUUAGCUCGCUUUUCGGAAUACCCACCCAGAACAUCACCGCCCGCCCCGUCCGUUGCAUCGUCACCUCGGAGGCUUUGAGGGAGGAAUUGGUCCUGCCCUUAACGCUGCAGAUAAACUUCCCACCAUUGAAUACCUUAAUUUCUGAAAGAUCCGACGACUUUGAGUGCAUUUCCGAAGCAAACCCCAGUGCCAGCAUAACCUGGAGAAAGCACAGUAGUCCGAACAGCUUGAGAAAAGAACUUUCCUUGUCCAAGCCAGUCAGUGCAGAGGGUGCAACAUUGUCGUUUCUGAAGAAAAAAUCUGAUCUUCAAGGCCUUUUUGAGUGUGAAGCAAAAAACCGAUAUGGAAGCCAAACUGCCUAUCUGUAUGUGCACUUACACUCAGAUUGUUGGACCUAUGGAAUCGGCAGGAGGUCCCAUCAAAUGAAGGCGGCUCACCAGAAAACCACCCACUCUGAC